UUUAGACUUAUUUUACUUAUGGCCAUGGGUUUAGGUGCUAUGUAUAUGGUACACUUGCUUGCUCAGGACUACAACAAAAUUCGGCAGCCGGUCGCUGCUGCCGCUCGAGCAAUUGUAAGUGCUAGCAAUCUGAGAACUCGAGCGAAGCGAGAUAUUUAUGAAAAUGUUACAAACACAACUACUCUCAAUAUUGACUGGAAAAUAAUUUUGUCACGAGAUCCAUUUGAAUGCCUGCAAUCGCUGAUAUGCCAACUAAUGUCGGGCGCAGACACUCAUUCUCUUGAGGCCAAGUUGUUAAUGGAAUUUCUCGAAAAAACGGUAGUCUCGGCCCCAGUGGAAGUUCGAUUUGCCUUUAGUAGAGGAUUAACCUUGCAUGGUUCAACCGAAACUUGCUACAAUGUAUAUCCAUUCUGCAUAUAUUCUGCAAAAACUAUGUUAAGAGUUUUAAGAUGGUUUGCGAAGUCGCCGAUUGAAGACAACCCUUAAUUUAAGUUACAAAGAAAGGAAAAUCAAUACCGAAAGUAUAUUUCUAAACGAUUUCAUCAAUACUUUCUUGUUGAAGUAAAU